UGUGCUUUAAAGAUCUCAUGCCUUCGCUUGUCGAACAUAACACUAAAAUGUCAAGCGAUGCGGCAAAAUUCCCCCAACUAAUGAAAGAUCUCGAGUCAAAAAUUGAUGAGGUCCAAAACCAGCUGAAGCCUAUAUUACAAAAAGUUGCCGAUGGAGAAAUCAAAACGUCGAAAGGCAUAUCGUUUUUGGAAGUAAAAUACCAGCUACUUCUUCAGUAUAUUGCCAACUUGGCUUUCAUAAUCCAGCUCAAACUUUCCGGAAAGCAAGUGGAAUCACACCCCGUCGUCCAGUCAUUGAUUGAGCUUCGAGUUAUGCUGGAAAAGAUGAAGCCUGUUGAGCAGAAAUUGAAAUACCAAAUAGACAAGGUUGUACGGACAGCGGUGGUUGGAGAUCAGGAUAACGAGACGAACAAUGGUGCGGCAUCUGCAGUUAGCGAUCCUCUUGCUUUCAAACCUAACCCAAUGGAUCUGGUAAACAAGGCUGGAGAUGAGGAAGAAGAUGAAGUUACCGACAAAUCUGGUGUGUAUAGACCACCUAAACUCGCACCUGUUACAUACGAUGAAGAUCUUCGCAAAUCAUCUAGAAAAGAAAAGAACGCGAGCCGUCUUGUUGAGAAGGCAUCACGCUCUCGUAUUAUGCGAGACUUGAUGGCCGAGAUGGAUGAUCGCCCAGAAGAAGUGGACGCUUUGGGUGGUGUCAAUGAAGGCAUGGGCUUCGGUGACAGCCUUGAUCGACAUAUCCAGGAGAAGGAUAAAUACGAAGAGAACAAUUACGUUCGUCUUGCUGUCACACGAAAGGAGAAGAAGCGACUCCAAAACAACAAUAGAAUGCGCUUCGAUAAUGAAUUCGAUAACCUCAAUGAUUUCAGCAAUCUCGUUGGAAUUCAAGAUGUGGAAGAGCAGGAGAAUGAGCGUAUGAGAAAUGUUAUGAACAGAAGAAAGCGAGAUGAGGGUCCUCGCGGAGAAAAGCGAUCACGGGAAGAUCAAGGGUUGUUUGAUAAUAUGGAUGAAGCGGGUGAUAUGAACCGAUUCCAAAAGCAACGACGCCAUAUGAAAUCAAAGUCCAAGAAGAAGGGACGUAGAUAGAACCAUUUUUUAUUGUACAUUUCGCCUAUUGCAUAAAACAUCACAUAUUGACACAUUUUAAAACGAUGGUGCGAGUGAAGGGCAAAAUAGAUCAAUUCACGAGUUAAUUGAUGCAAAGAGGCUUCGCAUGAUGCAAAGAGUCGCUUAGGCUAAAUACCCUCAAG